AUGACCCACUCUCCUCUCUCUUCAAACUCGCCUCCACAAGCGUCUUCGACUAAAGGUAUGAUCCCAUAUCCCAUAGCUAAUUAUGUGAACUGUGAUCGAUUUUCACCAUCUCAUAGAGCUUUUCUGGCGGCUAUAACUGCUGAGAGUGAGCCUACAUCUUUUCGUGAAGCGAUGAAAGAUCCACGAUGGAGGAAUGCUGUAUCAGGUGAAGUGGGAGCCUUGGAGAGAGAACAAACUUGGGAUAUCACUGAUUUGCCGCCUGGGAAGAAGGCGAUUGGGUGUCAUUGGAUUUUCACAAUCAAAUAUCAGUCAACGGGGAAGGUUGAGAGAUAUAAAGCAAGGUUGGUAGCUUAUGGGAAUCGACAGGAAGAAGGGAUUGAUUAUGAUGAGACGUUUGCACCUGUGAUUAAGAUGACAACCGUUCGAAUGUUUCUCAAAAUAUCUGUGGUGAAAGGAUGGGAAGUUCACCAAAUGGAUGUACACAAUGCAUUUUUGCAUGGUGAUCUUGAAGAAGAAGUAUACAUGAAGUUACCACCUGGCUUUGACUGUGGUGACAAAUCAAAGGUAUGUAAAUUACGCAAGUCGUUGUAUGGCGUUCGUCAAUCUCCACGAUGCUGGUUUGCUAAACUUACUGCGGCUCUUAAAGGGUAUGGUUUUGUUCAGAAUAUUUCUGAUUACUCGUUGUUUACACUCACUCGUGGAGAUAUGAGACUUUAUGUUCUCAUAUAUGUUGAUGAUUUGUUGAUUGGAGGAACUGAUCCGGAUGCCAUAGUCAAGUUUAAGGGUUACUUAAGUCAGUGCUUUAAGAUGAAGGAUUUGGGGCUUGUGAAAUAUUUUCUUGGCAUUGAAGUCUCGCGGGCACCGGAAGGUAUAUACUUAUCGCAGAGAAAGUAUGCGUUGGAUAUAGUCAAGGAGUGUGGCUUAUUGGGUUGUCAGCCGGUUAAAACACCAAUGGAACAAAAUCAUAAUUUGGCUAAAGAUACGGGAGAUUACUAUAACGAUCCACUUCGUUAUAGGAGACUGGUUGGUCGAUUCGUGUAUCUUACUCACACUCGUCCCGAGUUGUCUUACGCGGUGCAUAUGUUAGCACAAUUCAUGCAACAACCUCAUAUCAAGCAUUGGGAGGCUGCUAUACGAGUAGUUCGGUAUCUUAAAGGUUGUCCAGGACAAGGAAUCAUGUUGAGUUCUGCUGAUGACUUCCAAAUCAAGGCAUAUUGUGACUCUGAUUAUAAUGCCUGUCCCAUGACACGUCGUUCCUUAACUGGAUUUAUCGUCAUGUUAGGAGAUUCCCCCAUUGCUUGGAAGACAAAGAAACAAGACAUAGUGUCUUUUUCUUCUGCGGAGGCUGAGUAUAGAGCGAUGGGGUUUACUACUAGAGAGAUCAAGUGGAAUCGCGAAUUGUUAUCUUGCUUCGGUAUCUCUCACAAGCAGGCGAUGCAUCUCUACUGUGACAACAAGGCGGCGUUGUACAUUGCGGCUAAUCCCGUUUUUCACGAGCACACAAAACAUAUAGAAAGAGACUGCCAUUUCAUUCGCGAUGAGAUCGUCAGAGGCUCAAUAGCUACAUUUCAUCUUCGCACCACCGAACAGCUUGCGGAUAUAUUCACUAAGGCUUUGGCGUCUCAACAGUUUGCAUAUCUUCGGCGCAAGUUGGGCAUUCGUUCUGGUUUGAGCAACAGGCGGCUCUCAGUUUCUUCUCCGUCGGAGGUACCUUAUGUUGCCAAGGACCUCGGCAAUAGAGUCAUGAUUCGUCUGGGUUUCGCACCAUGUAGCGCAACCUCUGAUUCUUCUCAUGGAGAGAAAGAAUCAUCUCCAAUGUAUGUCCAGCCUCUGCCGUGUAUUGCUUCCAAACAUGAAGAAGCUUGA